UCCCCGUCACAAGGGAUUUAUGGCUGAUUUAAGAUGAAAUCGUCAAACCUGUUACGGUCAACCCUGUUACUUUAUUUGACACUUAAUAGGCACUUACUACAGUAUAUUUUUCAUUUAACCUCAAGAUGGGAAGAUCAUGGGAACGAUCAAGGCACUUUAGAGAUUUUGGGGGGGAUAUUGUCUGAGUUAGUUCUCUAUAAAGAAAUCCUGUUGUUUCAAACUUAAAGCAAGCACAGGAAUUAUCGUUUGAUGAGAGAACACCGUGUGCUGCAGAUCAACAUCAUUUCAAACAACAAAUAUUAGAGACAAAAGCUAACAACAAAUCACUCCUCUUUACUCUGCUCUCUAUGUAUAAACCUGAAUACAAAUGGAUAGCCAGGCUGCAUACACAGUGAAAGGAGUGGGAGGAAUGGACAGCUAUUUCAACACAUCCUCUGUACAGACCAUGAACUACACUGUGGGGAAUGGUUCCGAGUCGGCCUCUUGCGGCUUGAUGGAGGUCUCCGCCCACCCAUUCUUCACCGUAACCUACUCCCUGAUCUUCCUGGUGGGCCUGGUUCUCAACGGCUUCACGGUGCGGGUGUACUUCUGCCGAGCCCAGCGCCACCAAUCCAGCGUGACAGUAUAUCUGCAGAACCUGGCUGCGGCAGACUUCUUACUUAGCCUGUGUCUGCCGCUCCGCAUUGCCAACUACGCCACCUACAACUCGACCCUCAUGCGCCACGUCUACUGCAACUUUGGAGCCACGGCCUUCUACCUCAACAUGUACGCCAGCAUCCUCUUCAUGGACUACAUCGCAGCCAACAGGUACCUGAAGAUCGUCCGUCCUCUGGAGACCCACACCCUGCAAAGGGUGCGCGCCGCCCGCUACAUCUCCAUGGCAACCUGGGUCACCCUUCUGGCCUCGUCAUCUGCGUACCUGACCGUAUCCCUCCUCACCACUUGGGGUGCAGAUCUCAUCCCCGGGACCAUAGGCUGCGACGCCCUCCACAGCACCCAGCUUCAACUGCUCUACAAGAUCAUCCACAGUUUCUCGGCGGCCAUCUUCCUCUUUGUUCUGUUUUCCCUCCUCUUCUUUUACUGGGGCACCAUCCUCAGGCUGCGGCAAGCACAGCUGAACCAGCAGAAACAUCUUUCCUGUGGAUCCGGAAGCAACCUCAGCCGCUCCAAGAGAAACAUGCUAGUUCUGGUCACUGUGUUCUGUGUGUGCUUCGUGCCGUACCACCUGGUGCGCCUGCCCUACGCCUUCCUCCGGCCCUUCUUGCACAACUGUUACUGGCAUCAGGCCUUCUACUACAUGAAGGAGCUGACCGUGCUCCUGUCAGUCCUCAAUGCCUGCCUGGACCCACUCAUCUACUUCAUCUUCUGUAAGUCCUUCAGGGCCCAGCUGGGCAUACAGAGGCGUUUUAGUACGUCAAUGGAACAGCCAGACAGUACAGCCCCACCGCCAGGAGCUAGGAGAAUUAGCCAGGGGAACCUGACCACCCUGCCACGCACCCAGACAAGGACGUCGUUAAGUAUGUUGAGACGGGCCAGUGUCAUUUAGGACACACCGCACUGCCCUCCUCUGGUACAUGUUCUAUCUACUGUAUCUUGGUCCCGUGUGGCUCAGUUGGUAGAGCAUGGCGCUUGCAACGCCAGGGUUGUGGGUUCAAUUCCCACGGGGGGACCAGGGUUCAAUUCCCACGGGGGGAGCGGGAUGAAUAUGUAUGAACUUUCCAAUUUGUAAGUCGCUCUGGAUAAGAGUGUCUGCUAAAUGACUAAAAUGUAAAAAAUGUAAAAUGUCUGUAUAUAUUUUUAAAGCAGCUCUUCUGCACACCUAGAAAUUAUUAGAACUUUGUAUUUGGGGAAAAAAGAUGAACUGCCUAGAAUGUCAAUACUUCUUUUGGAGGCUACAAUUUGCUAAUUUGAUGUCUCUCCUCAAUACAGAAUGUGAAAUGGGUUACCUAUGGGCACCCUUUGGUCUAGAUAGAACAUACAUUUGCCUAUUUGCCUUGUACAGCUAUUUUGCCCUGCUGAGAGCCUAGACCUCAGACUUACAUUUUCGUUUAAUGAUAAACUCAGACGACAGCUUGACCUGACUGACUAUAUGUGACCUGGGGUUUACCUUAGUGAUUUAGACAGAGAAAUAUGCUGUUUGGCCUUGUUUCUGUCCCCAAACUCUCUAUUUAACCUACCUACACACACUCUCUUAAUAAAUGUCUAGUAUUGUUGUUGACAAAAGUACAGUAUUAAAUCAUUGUGCGUUCAAUCAAUCAAAUCAUGGUAACAUGUACAGCCAGAUAAAACACAAGAAUUAGUGUAUGUGCACUUUGUCUCGUAUGUAUUUGUAGCAAGCUCCAAUAAAUGAUACACAUUAGAAAUGAGUACCUGUCCUAAUUUCCAUGUGUGAUCAAAAGCACAGAUUAGGGAACAGAAAAUGCACUUCCUUAUUGAGCACAUCUUAUUUCUGUACAUCAGUUCCUGUA